GGCUUUAAAUCAUAAUGAACAAGCUCCUCCCUCCACAGUUGCGCCGCUGUCAACUAAAAAAAAAGAAAGAAAGAAAGAAAGAAAAAGAAGAAGAAGAAGAAAAAAGAACUCGUGCAUCGGAAUGGUGAAAUGAGAACGUGUACGCGGUGCGGUUACGGCUGCAGCGACGCGAUGUGAAGCAGCGCGGCUGGGAAGCGGUUCGCCUCGGCGCUGUGACGUUAGAACACCUCUGAAACUCGGCGCUUAUCUUGUGAAUGGGGAAGAGCAGAAGGAGCGCUGGGCAGCCCGGACAAGUCCACACACAUUGUUAAUGAACACCGAAAGAAGAAGAGGGAAAUCUCUCUCUCUCUCUCUCUCUCGCUCCCCCCCCUCUCUCUCUCUCUCUCUCUCGCGGAGGCGCGAUGCAUUAAUAGCGCAACAUAUCACGCGUCGGCGUGAGCGGCUCUCUUUUCUUUCUUCCUCUUUUCCUUCUUUUCUCCCGCGGAAAACAGGCUUGUUUGGUUCGUUGAGUGUUGUUUCUUCUUCUCGGUCCCGUUGCGCGAUGUGUACGACGUAGCAGUAUUUGUCGGGUUUCUUGGAUGUAAUAUGAUAUUACGGCCGAUAUGUCUGAUGUGACGCCGAGCAAAAGCGUGGAAUGGCUGCAACUCGAGUUAGAAUCCGGAGGGAGAUCGCUGCUUUUGCUGGACUGCCGUUCACACGAGCUGUACGAGUCAUCCCACGUAGAGACGGCCAUAAACCUGGCCAUACCGGGACUAAUGCUGAGGCGGUUCAAGAAGGGGAACAUACCCAUCCGGACCAUCAUCUCCAACCACGAGGAUAAAGAGAAGUUCGUAAGACGAUGCAUGACCGACACGGUCGUCCUGUACGACGAGUGCACGGUGGACUGGAAAGAAACUGGACCCUCAGGCUCCGUUCUGGGACUACUUCUCCAAAAACUGUGGGAAGACGGCUGUAAAGCGUAUUAUCUCGAAGGGGGAUUUGCAAAGUUUCAGACAGAGUAUCCAGAACAUUGUGAGACACUCCUGGACAGCUCGUGUCCCAGCUCAUCUCCCCCGCUGUCUGUCCUGGGAUUCGGAAACCUCCGCAUCAGCUCGGACUGCUCCGACGGGGAAUCGGACAGGGAGCCGAGCAGUGCAACCGAAUCUGAGGAGAGCCCCAUCCCGAGCAACCAGCCGGCCUUCCCGGUCCAGAUCCUCCCCUACCUCUACCUGGGCUGCGCCAAAGACUCCACCAACCUAGAUGUCCUGGGCCAGUACAACAUCAAGUACAUCCUGAACGUCACACCCAACUUACCGAACAUGUUUGAACAUGACGGCCACUUCAGGUACAAACAGAUCCCCAUCUCGGACCACUGGAGUCAAAAUCUGUCCCAGUUUUUCCCAGAGGCCAUAUCGUUUAUCGAUGAGGCUCGAUCUAAGCAGUGUGGUAUCCUGGUCCACUGUCUGGCUGGCAUCAGUCGCUCAGUCACAGUCACCGUGGCCUACCUGAUGCAGAGACUCAACCUCUCCCUCAACGAUGCUUACGACUUCGUCAAGAGGAAGAAGUCCAACAUUUCUCCAAACUUCAACUUCAUGGGCCAGCUCCUUGACUUUGAGAGGACAUUGGGGCUGCACAGUCCCUGCGACAACCGUUCCACCAACAAAGAGCAGCUCUUCUUCACCACGCCGACCAAUCACAAUGUCUUCCAGCUGGACACACUGGAGUCGACAUGAGGAUAGACGUGGGCCGUCAGACAUCUUUGUUUUUUUUUCAGUUUUAUCUCUUAGGCUUCCUGAUACCUGUCAGAUUGCCUGGCGAGCUGACUCAGGCGAGUGAGUCAGUUACAGUAUCGCUGCACCAAAAAGGCACCGCAUUGAUCUCUUUGCAGACUGCUUCCCUUAUGCAUACAUGAGGUCUGCUCUCCGAGGCCUUAAAUUCUGACGCAAGGAUGACUUUUGUAAUCCGUCGUGCACACACAAGUGGGCAAUGGUGGUGUGCAGCCAUAUUCACAGGACAUGUCAUAACUCUUUUUUAUUAACUCCAGGAUUGUGGUUUGACUGUUAUUUGUUAUUCACCAGCUGUUAUGGGGGCGUUUUAAGAGUAUUUUUUGUAUCUGUCAUGGUUAUUGCCUUGAGGGUCUGAAAGGACAAAUUGGACGAUCAGAAUGUUUCCUGGGGACCAAUCUGAGAUGUUUUUGAUGGUACUUUAGCAGAGGGAAUUUAGCUAAUACAGUAAGCUGGUCUUGAAUUACUGUCCAGUUAUCCUUUUAGUGACUGUUCUGUAUCUUUUUUGUUUGCAGCACAAUGGAGUGGUUAUGAAAAGCGUCUUUUAAAAAUUUUUUUUCCACUUUUAGUCAGACUGCCAUCACCAAUGUCUUUUAAUGGGAAACACCUUUAUGUCUGACAGCUGUUCUUCAGUUUUGUUUGUUGCUUCUCUAUGAAUGGCCACCUUUUGCAAAAAUUGAAAGGUGGCAUUUGCAACGCUCUUAGAAAUUCUAUUGAAUAUAUCUGCUUUUUUUUUGUUUUGUUUUUUUUGCAUGAUUCCACUUUACUAAGCACACUGCUUUCUAUCCUUAAGCUCAUAUUGCCUGUUGUUCCUGUGGCCUUCACCGUACCAUAAUAUGAAACCUAACUACAUGUCAUUUACCAAGGACUAGGGACUAGUGUAUAGGAUGGAUGUUUGACAUGCUCAAAACUAUUAGAAUGUGUAAGUAAUCCAUGUGUAAAGAAUUGGAUAUUCACAUUAUUUUCACUCUUCACUCACAGUCUUCACUUUGCAGCUACUCUGCCUGUGGCAUAACCAUGUUAAGGGAAAGAUGAUGUAUAAUUAGCUGUUCUCUAUUUGCCAGUCCUGUCUCAGAGCAAAUGGGCCUCUGAGUGAGUUUGAUAUAUAUGGGAGGAUAUGAAAGGAAAUGAGUCUGACUAAUGUUUUCUUACCUCAUAGAGAGACAUUUUCAGGGAUUUUUAUACAAGGCAUCUGUAUCUUUUCACAGCUUCUGAAGUGCAUCCAAGGGCUGUUCAGUUCUGGUAUGUUUAUGAAGAUGUAUAUAAAAUCUGGUUUGUUAAGGGACAUUUUCUCAAAAUCAUGAAGGAUUUGAAAGUGACCCUAUUACCUUAUGUACAGUAUAUGUAAAACUAAAUGUCCAAGACAUAUAUAAGUUUC